AUGCCUGAAGGGGUAAAACCAAAAAAGAACCGUCGUCCUGCUAUGCUAACAAGCAGGUAUGACGAUCCAGGUCAGAGAGCCCGCCGGAAGAGAGAACCCAUAACUGUUGAUCGAAUGGCUCCAGGGAGAGCGCCUGUGGGUUUCUUUGCUGCAGACAUCGGGGAAUACACGCCAUGCUUUGUUGAUGGCCGACGCUCAGCGAUACGGUCAAGUGAGGAAUCAGGGGACUCUUCCUCUCUCACCCCCUCUCACGAUCGCGUCCAUCUUACCAGUUCGCCCUCUCUCCUGUCCUUUGACAGAUCCUGUGCUUCCUUCCAAGGUUAUCGUGGUCCAUCACCCCCAUCAAUCCUUCAGCCUCCGGCCCAUACUCCCGCCCCAGAUAAGUCCAGCGAUCUUCCCUCUUACUCAUCCUCCCUUCCUCUCCAACCAUCUUCAUCUUCUGCUUCCGAUUUUCGAGGCCCGGGUUCUUCGUCUUAUUCCCUAUCGACUACUACACUCCCUCCUCCAGAAUCAGCAGUUCUCGAUCGUGUGCCAUCUGUUCCUCCUCUGAAAACGACGCCAGCUUUCACAUCCUCACGCGCUGCAGCCUCAACGCCGUACACGUCAGAGAUGCCGCCCCUUGGACCAUCUUUGACUUCACAAGCUCGAGCAGCAGAACUGAAUGCUGCCACUGCUGCCAGGGCCAGAUACAGGAAUGGAGAGCUGAGCGAUCUUAGUGAGCUUCCGUCAUCUCGACCCAUAUCUCUGGGAGAAUUGUCCAGCAGAAGCAACUCCCGGAACAAAGGCUCGAAGGCAUGGAAGCCGUUUCCACUCACUGAUGUCGAAGAGUCUUCUGAGCCAGUUGAACCUGUGCCAAAUAAACCAACUGUCAGACCACCCAGCACUCAGUUCCAUCCGUCUUUUCACUUGGAUACUCCACACUCUAAGCUCACCCAGCACCCUCUUCCUACCGCAGAGGCGCCUGUUCUUGUCCAGAGAUCGUCGGACAGGAACCCCAGAAACAUGGAGAAUAGGCCAUGGUUUCAUGAGAUGGUCACACAGAUCCAGAGGAACCCCUUAGGUUACCUUGGUGUCCUUGAGGAUAUCGGGAACAAUUCCAUGUCUCAGCGCUUUGCAGUGCCUGUACCAAACGAGGGAAAACAUCGUGAUAUUGACCGUCCGCUGGCACCACAGGACGUCAGCCCUACUAAGCAGGAAGAGAAAACUGCCUACAGAGGAUUUCAGCAAAAUAACCUCUUCCAGCAGGACAAGCUAUUCAUGACAGUGACCCAGUCUGAUCCAUACGUCCAGGACUAUCAGAUUGUUUCCGAGAUGUCUCGCCUGAAAGGUCCCGAGACCUCUGAUCCAUUCGUCUAUCCUCCUCAGCAGUACGGACAGAUCGAGUUUCACAACCAGCCAGCACAAGUCCAGCAAGUCCAGGCUCCGUUACCUCAUACUCCAGAGCGUCAUUAUGGCUUACAGACACCUGUCCGACGUGUGAACGGUCGCAUUGGGGCCGACACUGGAUUAUCAAUGAUGGCUGCGAAUCCAGCAGCCUCCUCCGUUCAACGCGGCCCCUCCACGCCCUCACAGAAUGGCAUUAACAUCACCGCCAAGUACAGCGAGGAAAGAAACACGUCAAAAAAGACAGAGAUAUAUGACGCAAAACGUGAGAUGACUGCAUAUCUGAAUAGCGUUGUCGAAGCUUCGAUGUCGAACAAGGGCAAGAUCGCAUUAGAUGAUCCGUUUGUGCCGAAGAGCGCAUCGAUAUUGACAAAGAAAGAGCCGGAAGCCCCCAAUCAGCAGAACGGCACGUCACCUAUGCGCGUCAAUCCCUAUGAUCCCUUGAAGAGUAAUCAAGAGAGCAAUGCACCAGCCUCUCAGAGCGACUCCCUUUCAAAUGUAUCCAAAGUUUCUUUGCUCCCCUCUUUUGAAGGAUUUCAUCCAAUGUCUAAAUCGGAACGAGUGCUCUUUUCAUCUGAUCUGGUCAAGAAAGUCGGGAAGAGCUUGGAAGGGCCGAGUGUAACUGAAACACCACGAGUUGAUGGAAGCGUUAAGCGUCCCCCUCCAGGACUUGCCCAUCCAAGUGGCCCAGGUGCUGCGUCGUUUUCCGCUAGCCACACUUCGGCUGCUAUUGAGAGACUGCUGGAAGCCGAUCGUUGGUUUCAUGCUGAUGGGCGAGGAGAAAAGGUGUUCCGUCACCAGGUUCUCGCUAUUGCUCAAGAAGAGGCUGCAAAGCGUAAGAUGCUUAGGGGGCCAAUCCGCCCUGUGGAGGAAGAAUCUCUUUUCGAGACGAACACACUGCUCUUGGGCAAUGUUAUUGCGAAUUUGCGUUCAUAUGUCGUUGGAGAUCGAAAGGAACAAUUUGGAAAUUUUGCCAAUUUCGGACCAGUACCGUACCAUUGCUGCGAGCCCAGUCAUGGCGGUCGUCGCAGCUAUUUUGACAGCGAUCCGUCUGUUGGCCAGUGGAGGCUGCCAACCGGCCGCGCGUUUCACAACUUCUCAUACAGGCCGGUUCAGAGGUUUGCCAACAAUCCGUUUGCCAGAUCUCUGGUAUUUAGCAAAUGA